UUUAUUUCAACUCAAAAACAUAUCUUUAGGACUUGUUCUGUAUCUCCAUUUUGUUCAAUGGGGAUCUUUCCACCAUGUUGUACAGAGGUACUGGAGAAAAUGCUGGAAAUGGUUUGCGGGAAGCAGCAUGAUGUUCCAAGAGAAAGCGAUUCUAGCAAACAAACCAGUCCUAUUAAGAUCAAGGGGACAGUUGUACUGAGGAAGAAAAAUGUUCUGAACUUCAAGGAUGCUGGUUCUGCCUUCCUUGAUCGAAUGCACGAGCUCUUUGGCAAACGCGUCAUCCUACAGCUCAUUAGUGCUGUCCAUGCUGAUCCUGGAAAUGGAUCAAAAGGGAAGGUGGGAAAACCAGCAAUCUUGGACUGGACAUCCAGCAAGACUUGGAUAUCAGUGGAAGAAGCUACAUUCAAUAUUACAUUUGAGUGGGAUGACUCAAUAGGUCUUCCUGGUGCUUUCAUUAUAAAGAACUUUCAUCAUAGCCAGUUUUACCUGAAGACCGUCGCUUUAGAAGAUAUUCCUGGACAUGGUGAAGUUCAUUUCAUCUGCAAUUCUUGGGUGUAUCCAGCACAUCGCUACAAGUACGAUCGGGUGUUUUUUAGCAACAAGACAUACCUGGCAUGCAACACACCAGAACCCCUUCGGCCAUACAGGAAUGAGGAGCUCAUUAAUCUUCAGGGUACAGGUUCUGGCAAACUCGAGGAAUGGGACAGGGUUUACGACUAUGCAGUCUACAAUGAUUUAGGACAUGAUCGACCAGUGAUUGGUGGGGGCAAGGAUUAUCCAUACCCCCGAAGGGGAAGAACAGGCCGUCCACUGACUAAAAGAGAUUCUAGCUUAGAGAGCCGGCUUCCACUUCUGAGUUUGAACAUUUAUGUUCCACGAGAUGAACGUUUCAACCAUGUGAAAUUUAUGGAUUUCCUUGGAUAUAGUGCCAAAUCAAUAGGUCGUGUCAUAAUUCCACAGCUUGCAUCUCUGUUAGCCAAACCUUUUAAUGAGUUCAGCAGCUUCAAACAUGUACAAAAAGUCUAUAAAGGUCGAGUUCCUGAUGACUCCACGGAAAGCAUGCCAUGGGAAAUGCUUAAAGGACAACUUCAUAAAUUUCCAAUUCCUCAUGUGAUAAAAGAAGAUAACUCUGCAUGGAGCACAGAUGAAGAGUUUGGACGUGAAAUGCUAGCCGGAGUCAACCCUGUGAUUAUCCAGCGUCUACAGGAAUUUCCACCCACAAGCAAGCUAAAUCCUGAAGUAUAUGGCGACCAAACCAGUAAAAUCACAAGGGAACAGAUUGAGAAAUACAUGGAUGGACUAACUGUGGAUGAUGCAAUUAAGUAUAACAGGCUAUUCAUCUUAGAUUAUCAUGACGCACUUAUGCCUUAUCUUAAUCGGAUUAACUCAACAUCCAAUAAGAUCUAUGCUAGUCGCACCAUCCUUUUACUCCAAGAUGAUGGAACAUUGAAGCCACUUGCAAUCGAACUGAGCUUACCACACCCACAAGGAGAUAAACAUGGUUCCAGCAGUCAAGUAUUUACCCCAUGUAAUGAUGAGAGUGCUGAAGGCUAUGUCUGGCAUCUGGCUAAAGCCUAUGUUGCUGUAAAUGAUUCUGGAUAUCAUCAGCUCGUCAGUCACUGGUUGAACACCCAUGCGGCAUUAGAGCCAUUUAUUAUAGCAGCAAACAGACAAUUGAGUGUGGUUCAUCCAAUCUAUAAACUUCUACAUCCUCACUUCCGCGAUACAAUGAACAUCAAUGCUUUGGCUCGUCAGAUCCUCAUUAAUGCAGGUGGAGUACUUGAGUUGACAGUAUUUCCAUCCAAAUAUGCCAUGGAAAUGUCUUCUUCCAUCUAUAAGAAUUGGGUUUUCACUGAGCAGGCACUCCCUGCAGAUCUACUUAAGAGAGGAGUUGCAGUACCAGAUCCAAGCCAGCCUCAUGGUCUUAGACUUCUGAUAGAGGAUUAUCCUUACGCCGUUGAUGGACUUGAGAUUUGGUCAGCAAUUGAAACCUGGGUGGACGAGUAUUGCUUAUUCUAUUACUUAGCGGAUGACAUGAUCCAAGGUGAUUCUGAACUUCAAUCAUGGUGGACAGAAGUUCGCAACGUGGGUCAUGGUGACUUGAAAGAUGAACCAUGGUGGCCUCAGAUGCAGACAAGAGCUGAGCUUGUCCAAACAUGCACCAUAAUCAUAUGGGUGGCUUCUGCUCUUCAUGCAGCAGUUAAUUUUGGGCAGUAUCCUUAUGCUGGCUAUCUCCCAAAUCGCCCAACCGUUAGCCGGCGCUUUAUGCCAAUGCCAGGCACUCCUGAGUAUGUUGAGCUUGAGUCAAACCAUGAGCGAGCCUACCUAAAGACCAUCACAGCCCAGUUCCAAACUCUUCUUGGCAUCUCUUUGAUAGAGAUGUUAUCCAUGCAUUCUUCAGAUGAGAUUUAUCUUGGACAAAGAGAUACUCCUGAAUGGACUUCUGACAGUCAACCACGACAUGCAUUUGAGGGAUUCCGUGACAAACUGGUAGAAAUCGAGAACAGAAUAAUGGAUAGGAACAAUGACAAUACAUUGAAGAACCGAAAAGGACCUAUACAGAUGCCUUAUACGUUACUCUACCCAAACGCGUCUGGUGACAAGAGUACUACUGGACUUACUGGAAAGGGAAUUCCCAAUAGCAUCUCAAUCUGAAGUCACAUGACAUAAAUGGAUCGCUGAAUCUGAAAUCACACAAGUUGAACAACCAGUGACAAUAAAUUUUUGUACAGCUAUUUUCUUAAGUUUACAUGUUUGAAAAAAUCGCUCAUUGAUUCUUGCUUCCUUAGAUCAUGAUUUCUACUAAAAAACCAAUUCUUAGACUCACUCAUCUUCUUCAGUAUAUGUUGUCCACAUAAGACCCAAACCUUGAACUGAAAUGAAGAGUGAGUCAAAAGAUUCAUCACUGAGAAACCCACCAUUUCUCGGUAAUGUUACAACUCUCAUAUAGUUAUUGUUAUCAUUUUCUUUUUGGAAUU